AUGGCGAUUUCCAUGGACGAGUUCCUGAAGCAGUGCGAGCAGUCCGGCGACUCCGCUUACGCUGCUCUCCGCUCUCUGUUGGAGCGGCUGGAGAAUCCGGCCACGCGCACUCAGUCUCGGAUUUUCCUAUCCGAUCUUUACAAACGCGUCGGCGACUCCGAUCAGUGCCUAGACAAAUACCACUUCCGGAUCCAAGACGUCGUCCUCGAACACGGAGCUGACCAAGGGAGAAAGAAGUUGACAAUGGUGGUUAUUCCUAGCAUAUUUAUGCCCGAGGACUGGUCAUUCACCUUCUAUGAAGGACUUAACAGACACCCAGAUGCUAUUUUCAAGGACAGGACAGUUGCAGAACUUGGUUGUGGGAAUGGAUGGAUAUCCAUUGCAAUUGCUGACAAGUGGUUGCCUGCCAAAGUAUAUGGCCUUGAUAUUAACCCAAGAGCUAUAAAGGUUUCCUGGAUAAACUUGUACUUAAACGCAUUAGAUGACAAAGGUCAGCCCAUCUACGACGAAGAAAAGAAAACUUUGCUGGACAGAGUAGAGUUCUAUGAAUCUGAUCUAUUAUCUCACUGUAGAGACAAUGACAUUCAACUUGAACGAAUUGUUGGAUGCAUACCUCAGAUUCUAAAUCCAAACCCAGAUGCCAUGUCCAAAAUGAUCACAGAGAAUGCGAGUGAAGAUUUCCUGUAUGAUUUAAGCAACUAUUGUGCUCUUCAGGGCUUCGUUGAAGAUCAAUUUGGCCUAGGUCUGAUUGCCAGGGCAGUUGAGGAAGGAAUAGACGUCAUCAAACCUAUGGGUAUUAUGAUCUUUAACAUGGGUGGCCGUCCAGGACAAGCUGUCUGUAAGCGUCUGUUUGAACGUCGUGGUUUUAAUGUCAAUAAGCUUUGGCAAACAAAAGUGAUACAGGCUGCUGAUACAGAUAUUACGGCCUUGGUUGAAAUUGAAAAGAACAGUCCUCAUCGUUUUGAGUUCUUCAUGGGGCUUACUGGUGAUCAGCCCAUCUGUGCUCGAACAGCAUGGGCAUAUGGGAAAGCUGGUGGUCGUAUUGCUCAUGCCUUGUCAGUUUAUAGUUGUAGAUUGCGUCAGCCACAACAGGUCAAGAAAAUUUUCAAGUUUCUUAGGAAUGGUUUCCAUGAUGUGGGAAGUUCUUUGGACCUGUCUUUUGAAGAUGAUGCUGUUGCAGAUGAGAAGAUACCAUUCCUAGCUUAUCUCGCUGGCGAAUUAAAAGAGAAUUCGAGUUUUUCGUACGAGCCACCAGCUGGAAGCUUGCAGUUCCGCAAUCUCAUUGCCGGCUUUAUGAAAACAUAUCACCAUAUUCCACUGAAGUCCGAUAAUGUUGUGAUCUUUCCCUCAAGGGCUGUGGCAAUUGAACAUGUUCUUCGACUAUUCUCGCCUCGUCUAGCAGUUGUCGAUGAAUACCUAACUCGUCAUCUUCCCCGACAAUGGUUGACAUCUUUAGUAAUUGAGGCUUCUGAAAACAAUGGAUUAAAAGAUGGGAUUACUGUGAUUGAAGCACCGAGACAGUCGGAUCUAAUGGUGGAACUGAUAACAAAGUUAAGGCCACAGGUGGUGAUUACUGGGAUCGCUCAGUUUGAGGCGGUCACUAGUUCAGCAUUUGUACACCUUUUAGAUGUUACCAGACAAAUUGGCUCUCGUCUUUUCUUGGACAUAUCUGACCAGUUUGAGCUAUCAAGCCUUCCAAGUACCAAUGGAGUCCUAAAAUAUCUUGCAGGAAAUGUAUUGCCGUCACAUGCUUCAAUAGUGUGUGGUCUUGUGAAAAACAAGGUUUAUUCAGAUCUAGAAGUCGCAUUUGUGAUCUCUGAAGAAGAAGCCAUCUUGAAGGCCUUGUCCAAAACAGUGGAAGUACUAGAGGGGAAUACUACGCCAAUUAGGCAAUAUUACUAUGGCUGUCUUUUCCACGAGCUUCUGGCAUUUCAACUUGCUGAUCGUCAUCCACUUACAGAGAGGGAUUCUAGCAAAACCAAAUCAGUUGAGGUGAUAGGAUUUGCAAGCUCAGCCACCUCCGUUCUUAAUAAUUCUGAACUGUCAAUUGGUGAGGAAGAGAAGUCAUCAGCCCUAAUUCACAUGGAUGUAGACCAAAGCUUCUUGCCUACACCAUCAGCUGUUAAGGCCUCAAUCUUUGAAAGUUUCGCAAGACAGAACGUGGGAGAGGGUGAAGUUGAUGUGAACCCUAGCAUCAAACAAUUUGUUAAAAGCAACUACGGAUUCCCAACCGACAGCUCGUCCGAAUUUGUGUACACUGACACAACACAAGCUAUAUUCACUAGGUUGGUCCUAUGCUGCAAUCUAGAAGGUGGGACGCUAUGUUUCCCAUCUGGCUCGAAUGGGAACUAUAUCUCUUCGGCCAAGUUUCUGAAGGCAAGCAUUGUCACCAUCCCUACUGACUCCGAGGGGUUUAAGCUGACAGACAAGCAACUCAACAAAGUGCUCGACACUGUGAAGAAGCCUUGGGUGUACAUUUGUGGUCCAACUACAAAUCCAACAGGAUUGAUCUAUAGCAAUAAAGAGAUGGAGAGUAUAUUAACCACUUGUGCCAAAUUUGGGGCACGGGUUAUCAUUGAUACUUCAUUCUCGGGGUUGGAAUUUGAUUGUAAAGCUUGGGGUGGAUGGAAUUUGGAGGCCACGCUAUCAAGUCUUGCAUCCUCCAACCCUUCUUUUUGCGUCUCCCUUCUCGGAGGAAUGUCUCUGAAGAUGUUCACUGGUGGACUGAAAUUCGGGUUUCUGAUUCUGAAUCAUCCUGCUUUGGUCGAUGCGUUUUAUAGCUUCCCUGGGUUGAGCAAACCUCAUGCCACCAUGAGGUAUGCUGUAAGGAAAUUGCUGGGUCUGGCAGAGCAGAAAGUUGAGGAACUGACCAAUGCAGUUGCUGAAAACACCAAAACUCUGAAAUCUAGAGCCCAGCGCUUGAAGGAGACGCUAGUGAAAUCCGGGUGGGAUGUGGUGGAGCCUCAAGGCGGCAUUUCCCUGGUGGCGAAGCCCUCUGCAUAUCUGAACAAGGUGGUGAAGUUCAGCAGCACAUCCGAGUUUAAGGUUGAUGAGUCGAACAUCAGGGAAGCCAUUUGCCGGGGGACAGGCCUAUGUAUCAACAGCGCGUCGUGGACAGGUCUCCCUGGCUAUUGCCGCUUCACUACUGCACUGUCCGAUGCAGAUUUCGAGCGAGCAUUGGAUUGCAUCAGGAGACUCAAGGACGCCCUCAAAGGCUGA